AUGCUAAAACGAAAACGCUCAGCUGCCCCAAACUCCGCCGAUCGAACCAAGCAAGAUGUUCUCGACACGCUUCUGUCGAGCCAAAAACACCUCCAACGUGCUCUAAAAACAGCGAAAGGGUUUGAGCGCCAAAAGCUCGGAAAACGGUUAAAGCUCGCACAAGCGAAGGGUCCUGAGGGCACUGAAAAUGUAGCGCGUAUUAAUCGGGAGAUUGCCGCGCUGAAGGGACUGGAUUUGGUGAAGACGGCGGAGAGUUAUUUGUGUGCGAAGAUUUUGAAGAUUAAGCGGAUGGCGGAGAGUGAGAGUCUACCGGAAGAAGUAAGGGAAAAGGGCCUUAGAAAAGAGGGCGAGGGGUUGGGGGAAGAGGAGGCAAAGGCAUUGAAGAAUGUUACCAGUGGAUUGUUCAAUUUGAAAAAUGUGAAGGAGGUUAUGGGCCAGGUUAUGAGGGGUUUGUAUAUGGUUAUGAGAAUUCCAUUGCCGGAGGUGGUGGGGAACGGGAAGGGGAAGGGUGCUGUCAGGAGGGGGAAUGGAAGUGCACCAACACGGAUGGACACAGAGCAGAAGAACAUCGAAAUUGAUGUCGGCGACAAAGACUCACUGCCUGAGUGGGAAGGGUUCGAUUCUGCAGCGGACGAGCAGCAGCACCACAGAAGAACCGAAGGCGAGGAAGGACAACAAGCUUCGGAUCUCGAUUCCGAGGAUUUCUCCCACUACGACGCCCUUCUCGGCUCGUCAGAAUCAGACUCAGAAUCAGACUCAGAAUCUGAAUCUGAACGGGAACCAACCUUUAAAUCACAGCAUACAGAGUCAUCCCUAUCCCAAUCUCGAACCCGAGCUUCGCUAUCUCUCUCUCCCUCCCCACCACCAACAUCUAGAACCCGUUCUCGCCCCUCGGCAACAACAACAAAAGGCACCACAUUCCUCCCAACCCUUCUAGGCGGCUACUUCUCUGGCUCCGAAUCAUCUGCUUCAGACAUUGAAGAUGCUCCUCCCCCAAAGAAAAACAGACCAGGACAAAUGGCGCGUCGCGCUAUAUGGGAGAAGAAGUACGGCGAAAAAGCGAAUCAUAUUCAGGGUGGGCAAGGGAGUGUGAAUGAUGUUAGGCCGGGGAACGAUGAUGGGUGGGAUGCGAGGAGGGGCGCUAAGGAUGGCGGUAGAGGACGAGGGCGAGGAGGCAUGCAUGGAAGUGGAGGCGGAGGUCACAGGAUAACAGGUGGGAACGCAGUUGCACAAGCAGGAGGGGAAGAGGGGGGGAAGAGAGGGCUGGGUAGGAAGGAUGAUGUAGGUGUUUUACAUCCUAGCUGGCAGGCAGCGAAGAAAGCGAAGGAGAUGAAGAAAACCGCUACAUUUCAAGGAAAGAAGGUUACUUUUGAUUAG